AAACUUUAUGCGCGCUGUCAAAAAGGUGCUCUUGUGCCCCACAUAUUCAUGGUUACUGCAUACGACUUGAAGCGAUAAAGUAAUUUAAAUUUGUCAGUAAAGUAAGUGAUAUUGUGCUUAGAGGCUUACUGUCGCUAAUUUGGUUAGCAGCGCUAUAUACAGACACGAUGUGCCCAAUCAAUUUUUGACCGCUUUUUCUUACUCAGGUCUCAAAAGACGCAGUUUACUUUUUAAAAUACAGCACCCGUAAUUUCCGCGCCUGCCGCCGUCGCAAUGGCUGCUCCGGCGGCCUGUACGCGCUUUUCCGAUAAUUAUGACAUCAAGGAGGAAUUGGGAAAGGGAGCUUUCUCCAUUGUCAAAAGAUGCGUUCAGAAAUCCACGGGCCUGGAAUUCGCCGCCAAAAUAAUAAAUACGAAAAAGCUAACUUCGAGAGAUUUCCAGAAAUUGGAGCGUGAGGCGAGAAUUUGUCGGAAACUGCAGCACCCUAAUAUAGUACGUCUACAUGACAGCAUACAGGAGGAGAAUUAUCAUUAUCUUGUAUUUGAUCUCGUGACUGGUGGUGAGUUGUUUGAGGACAUCGUGGCGCGUGAGUUCUACUCCGAAGCGGACGCAUCCCACUGCAUUCAACAAAUCCUCGAGUCAGUGAAUCACUGCCAUCAGAAUGGCGUCGUCCAUCGCGAUCUGAAGCCGGAGAAUUUGCUGCUGGCGAGCAAGGCGAAGGGAGCCGCCGUGAAGUUGGCUGACUUCGGAUUGGCCAUCGAGGUGUCGGGUGAGCAGCUGGCGUGGUUUGGCUUCGCCGGCACACCCGGAUACCUGUCACCUGAGGUGCUGAAGAAGGAGCCCUACGGCAAAUCUGUUGACAUUUGGGCGUGUGGUGUUAUUCUGUACAUCCUACUCGUUGGAUAUCCACCAUUUUGGGAUGAGGAUCAGCACAGACUAUACUCUCAGAUAAAGGCCGGCGCCUAUGAUUAUCCAUCGCCAGAGUGGGAUACAGUUACACCCGAUGCUAAAAAUUUAAUUAAUCAGAUGCUCACCGUGAAUCCGCAUAAGCGUAUUACAGCGAGUGAAGCACUUAAACAUCCUUGGAUUUGCCAACGAGAACGUGUGGCAUCAGUUGUUCACAGGCAGGAGACUGUUGACUGUCUUAAGAAGUUCAACGCAAGACGCAAACUAAAGGUUGCCAUUCUCACCACGAUGCUAGCUACUAGGAAUUUCUCAAGCAAAAGCAUGAUUACCAAGAAAGGCGAGGGAUCCCAAGUGAAGGAAUCAACUGACUCUAGUACAACAAUUGAAGAUGAUGAUGUUCGAGAAGAUAAAAAGGGAGGCGUUGAUCGCAGCUCAACUGUUAUUGCCAAAGAUCCUGAAGCGCCGUCAUCACCGACAACAGCGCCACCGGAGCAAUUGCAGAGACUGCAAAAUCUCGUAGCGGUAACGAAGGCAACACAACGGCCAGGUGCAGAACUACUCCAAUCAGUUCAAGAAGACGGUGGGUACAUUGAAUUGACGUGUGACGAUGACGACGACUGUAGGUGGUGCUACGACUCGACGGAGAGGGAUUUUUGGGCUCAUUCUCAAGUCGACAUACGGAUUGUAUGUCCGGCCAAGGCAUGUCAUCAACUAUCUACUAACUCUCAGUGUUCAGCUCGACGGCAAGAAAUCAUUAAAAUGACAGAGCAAUUAAUCGAGGCAAUCAACAACGGUGAUUUCGAUGCAUACACGAAAAUUUGUGAUCCACAUCUGACUGCCUUCGAACCUGAAGCUUUGGGUAAUCUAGUUGAAGGGAUGGAUUUUCACAAGUUCUAUUUCGAAAAUGUACUUGGAAAGAACUGCAAAGCUAUUAACACGACCAUUCUGAAUCCACAUGUUCAUUUACUGGGCGAAGAUGCAGCUUGUAUUGCAUACGUUCGACUGACACAGUACAUUGAUAAACAAGGGAACGCACACACACAUCAGUCAGAGGAGACUAGAGUGUGGCACAAGCGCGACAACAAGUGGCAAAAUGUUCAUUUCCAUCGCAGCACAGCAACAAACAUGUCAGGCGGAUCUCCUUUCUUUUUCUCUUCAAAGUAAAAGGAACCACAUUAAGUGGUCAAUUCAUCACUAUCAAUUUGCGGUAAUUGCUGCGGUUAAACGCUACGAGCGUGACGUUUACUAUGAAAUUACCAUAAAACAAGAAUUUAGAUUGUUUGUAUUUGUGACGGUAUUUCUGUUUAGAAUGUGCGCCUUCUGAGACGCCACAAUACUUGAAAAGCUAAAAUGAUGAGGUGAUUUGUAAAAAUGAUAAACAUUAUGCAUCUAUAGACACAAUUUGCAAAUUAACGUUUUCAAUAAGAGUUUUCUUAAAUUUACAUAUAUAAAGACAUUGAAAACUAUGUGCUCGAAAUAGAUUAAUAAGAGUUCGUUGAGGCAAAAUAUCCCUCAUCAACUGAAAAAAAGAUUAUGAGAAUAGUAAGUUACAAUUAUUUACGUUUCUUCCACUGUUCAUCACAUAAUAUAUGUAUCCGAACUUAAAUAAUUCAAUCAUGUGGGAAAUUCAAUUUGACUUGAAAUUAACUGAAAAAUAAAAAGUUUUCAUAAUAAUUAUUUGAGGAAAUUGCUAAAUAACGCGAAUGGUAACUAUUGGAAUAUUAUAAUUUGUUUUUGAAAUAAAUCGCGAAAUAUUUUCUAAUUUCUUUUUUUAGGGAAAAACAAAUUGCAACCAAACUUUUCAAAUACGAAAUUACGGAAUUUACAGUAAUCUUGCUUUAUUAUUAUUAUUAUUAUUUUUUUUUUUUUUUAAGUAUUAUGAGUCAGAUAGAUUUCAGUUUGGGCAGAUAAUGAGCAGACUGUUGUUGUCCUUAAAGGGUUAGAGGUCCUUUAAGGAAAUCAAGGGUCUGAGCGAUAGACUUAAAAGAAAUUGUAUGCUUGCUUAGUACAUUGGGUGUAAAUAAAAACAUUGAUUUAUUAAAUCUUAUCUAACCCCUGAUUUCUAUGAAUCAUGAAGAACUGAAAUGAAAUGAUCCGUUUCGGAAAACAAUGCUACAUUGACACUUGCCAAAUGGCCAAUUUUCAUUAGUAUAUAAAGUCAUUUUUACAUAAUUGUACAAACACAUUUCAUAUAUGAAACACUAGGAUAAAAAAUUCAAGUAUUUAGUAAUUGGCAUGACAUAAUUUCUACAUCCUUUUUGACAUUGGAGAGGUAUUAGUAAAUAGCAGAAAAGAAAGAGUAACUAAAUUAUUUUUGAGCACAGCGAUUCAAGAAACACUGCAAAAAUAUAUUUAUUCUGUUUCAACGCAGUGACCAACUUGUUUUAGGGUUAAAAAAAAGUGCUAUUUGAGUGAUUAGAAAACUCUCGCAAUAACUAUUUUUCAUUUUAGUUGGAAAUUGAUAGCAGAUAUUAAUUUAUUCUUACACACACACACACACACACACACACACACACACACACACAC